CGUGAAACUGGCAACAGACGUCAAUUUACUCGUGUUCAACUGUCAAACUGGACAGUCAACAAGUGAUACUUAUAAGCUGUCGAUAAAGAGCGACGAAUUAAUGGUAAAUUACCGUCAUAUCGUUAGUUGAUUAAAUGAUUUCCAGAACAUCGUGAACGCACGUGAAUUUGUAGCGAUUGAUGUAGUAGACGUGGUUGAACAGAUUCUACACAAUAUAACCUCGACAUGCUCUGCAAAAAUUUCCUCCAUGGUAUGACGGGGCAUGUGGCCGAAAUCCCAUCACCCAACAAAGCGAUAAUCCACUUCGAGUUGGACGGUGUAUUGCAAUCUGCCUUGCUCAAAAAUCACCGAUUCUACAAAGACAGAAAAUGCCUGUCUGACAAUGAAAAUCUCAACAAAUAUAUUCAAAUUAGCGACAAGGUGAAGUUUUCUUGCCACAUUAUCGACAAUGCAGAGCCUGGGCAGUGUAAAUGGUUCAUAACAAACUGCUGGCGGCAUGUUGAAAACAGGGAGAAUACUGCAACUUUGUCAACAGGCAUAAUGAACGUGGCAGGAACGGUGACGGACCUGAAGCAACGUCACGGAAUGUUAGUAAUGACUGACCUGCUGGAGAAUGAAUAUAGGGUGCAUUUUCUUGCCAGCAAAGUGUAUAUCUAUGGGAAAAGGUUGCCAGCAUCGAAACCGUUGUCCAGUCAUCUCCACAUCGAAGACAAAGUUUAUUUCGACGCGAUACCAUGCUUCCCGGAAGAAAAUAAUCAAAGGUGUAAUUGGUUCGCGACUUGCGUUGUCAUAGGGAAAAAACCGGAGGAUCUGUACAAGGAUUUAAAUAGAAUUGAGACCACUGAGACUGAUAAAGAUGGACUUGGCAGGGAUGUCAAUAAUUCCUUUUUGAGCAACCAAGUGUCUCCUAGUUACUGUCAGCAGCCAGAACUUGCACCACCUAAGAAUGCUUCAACUAUGUACACAUGUGAACCUGUGAAACAGACACAUGGUGCCAAAGUAGAUAACAAUUUACCCGAUAUUUUUGGUCUUGCGGAAAUGGAAUCAUUCAAAGAAGAUGGUAAUCCAAAAGUUGAACAUGACCUAAAACUUAGUGCCAAGAUGUUGCAUGAUAUUAAGCUGUUAACGAACAAUCCCAGAGCAGUAUUUGCUGAAAGUAACGGUAUCAUCAUGGGUAUAAUAAAUGAAGAAUAUGGCGUGAUAUUGGGGGAAUUUCAACGAAACAUCUUUCAGAGUAUCCUGUUUCAUCGUAGCAAUGCAUUCUUGUUCAAAAUGAACCUGGCCGAUUCUAAACUAUCAGAAAUUUUCAUUGAAGGUGAUCGAGUCAGAUUCAUCGCUGUUAGUGCGCCGAAGCAAUUCGUUUGCGAGUGGAUCGCCACGCAGGUAUCCGUUGCAAACUUUGCAGAAGAAGGAGACGAGGAAGAAGAGGAUCACGAAGUGCCGAUAGAAGAGGAACUCCCCAAUUUACAAAUUUUAGAAUAAAACAAAACAGUUUAAAAUUUUCGUCCAUCAAUUACUCGAAAGUCAGACAAGAUGCAACUUUUUCGGUAAUUUCUCAUCGGUAAAACGCGUCUUCUGGUCAGCGCCUUCAUCGCGCCUCAUUUUUGUAUACAAACACCGUAUCUACCCCUCGUGGCGCAGGGAGUUACAGGAUCUGGUCCUUUCCCUCCCAUCCAAUCAAUGCUUCUUAUACUUUUUUUCUGAUUAGAUUCGUUUCCCCGACGAGUAGGAUGCAUUCUUUUGCAUGGUGUGUAAUACAUAAUAGAUAUCCAUACCUGUUUGCACUUAUGCUCAUGCAGAGGUAAGAAUAUCACUGUGUUAGUUUCUUCAACGUGUUGUCUGCAUUGCAGCAAGCGACUCUUUGUGGGCGAUUCGGAUAAGAAACGUAUGUACGCAGCCCAGGUGUCGUAGUAUUUUUUACGUAACUGACUUUCGCGUCGUUGAUGCGUUUAUGGGUGGUCGUUUAUUUUUGGUCCUUUCUUGUUCACGCAAUAUAAAAUACGUUUACCCAUUUCUUCUCCUCUUUAACGCGCAGCAGUCAAUUAAAUUAGGAUGUACCAAUUGCGCCUGACUACCUGUAGAUUCACACGGGUGUUGUAUA